UUUAAAUACGCCAUUUGUGGAAAAGAUAAACAAUUGCAUUGAGCAUAAACUUUUUCAUGAAAAUGGACAAAUUCGUUAUCAGAAAACGGUGUUUAGACUCUGAAGACAAUACCACAAGUAAAAGGACUAAAACUGAAACAGAAUGCGACGAGUUAACUGAGCCGUCUCCGAAGGAUACUCACACGAAAACUGAUUCAUGCGGUAAUUGCGUAACUGGAAUUUUUGUUGUGAAAUCACCAGUGUGGAAAGAAAUAAGGGCGGAAAAUCUGGACUGCGAUUAUUGUGUGUUGUUUGAUAGAUGGCAAGCAAACGAAAUUUUCAAAGAGUGUGAACAGUUAUUGACCUAUAACGAAGGAAAACUUGCGAAAGUGAACAUCUUUGGAAAAUGGCAUGACAUACCUCGAAAACAGGUUGCCCAUGGUGACACAGGAUUGUCAUAUACCUUCUCGAAUAAUACUGUUCCAGCAAGACCUUGGACUCCGUUCCUAGAGAAGAUAAGAGACACCAUAACUCAUGUCACAGGCUAUGACUUCAACUUUCUCCUCAUAAACAGGUACAAGGAUGGUCUUGAUCAUAUGGGAGAACAUCGUGAUGAUGAAAAAGAUUUAGUACACGGCUACCCUAUCGCUUCAUUGUCGCUAGGGCAACCGAGGGACUUCAUCUUUAAACACGCUGAAGCACGUGGAAAGCAUGCUAAACGCAAGAUUGACACAGUGAAGGUAGAACUGCAGCAUGGAAGUUUAUUAAUGAUGAAACACCCAACAAACACUCAUUGGUACCAUUCUUUGCCUCAGAGAAAAAAGCUUACACAAGCUCGGAUAAAUAUGACUUUUAGAAAAAUGGUUGUAAAGUGAACACACUGUAUACCGUGAAUUGCUCAUAUGUAAUAUACAUUCUGUCGGUAAAGAUAUCAUAUAUCUAUCCGAGGAGCUGUGUGAUA